AUGAUUGCUCCAACAGACAAAGCUUCCAUUGUUCGGCUCAACGCCUCCGAUCCCUCAGUGACACCCGACAAAGCCAUCGAAAUCAUCGAACGCGAUGGCGGAGUCAUCAUCGAAAACCUCAUCUCACGCGAAGAGGCGGAGCAAAUCAAACGAGACUUAAAGCCACACUUUGACAACGAUAUACCCGACAAAUCCGGCUUUUUCCCGUCAACUACUCAGCGCGCAACUGGCCUGUUAGGUAUCUCUGACGCAUGUGUGGAUCUGGCAUGCAAUCCAUUCUACAUCGACGUUGCGAAUAAGAUGGUGUCGUCGCAUUUCAAAUACUGGAGGGACGACCACCAGGUAUCUUGUACCGGCAAGCCUAUCAUUUCUUCCACCGUUGGAUUCCGGGUAAACCCUGGUGGAAGACAGCAGGUGUUGCACCGUGAUGAUAGUGACUAUCACCCUACCAACGAAAUGAUGCCUUGUAUGAUCGGGUGUGUUACGGCAUUGACCAAGACGACCAAAGAGAAUGGUGCCACUAUUGCUAUUCCUGGAUCACACUUGUGGGGUCCUGAUCGCCGGCCCUACAACGAGGAGGCUGUUCCCGCCGAGCUGGAGCCCGGUGAUGCAUUCAUCUUCUUGGGAAAUACUUAUCAUGCCGGUGGGGGUAAUACCACCAAAGACGAAUAUCGCGAAACAGUCGGCAUCUUCCUCUGCAAGCCAACACUGAGACCUGCCGAGAACCAGUUUUUGAUGGUCCCGCUAGAGCGAGUAAGGCAAUUGAAGCCCCAGGCUCAGAGAUUGCUGGGAUACGGGGUUUGCGAUCCUGGGGUUGGUUUCAUGAAUUACCAAGACCCAAUGAGGGUUCUUUUUGGAGUGGAGGAUGAAGAAACUUAUGAUAUGUGA